GCCAGCGUGUUCCUGCCAGGGCUGGCCCGGUGAGGAUACCGGAGCUGGGAGCCGCAGUGCUGCUGCGUCACACCAAGGACACGGCUCGGUUGACCAGUGAUGGUGGUGUGGGAGACUGGGAGCUGGCAGCCGACCUGACCCCACGCCAGGCCCUGUCCUCGGGGGCUGCACUGAUGGGUGGCCUGGCCGGAGGGAUUGAGAUCUGCAUCACAUUCCCGACUGAGUAUGUGAAGACGCAGCUGCAGCUGGACGAGAAGGCAAACCCUCCCCGCUACAAGGGCAUCGGGGACUGUGUGAAGCAGACUGUCCGUGACCAUGGCAUCCGGGGGCUGUACCGGGGGCUCAGCUCGCUGCUGUACGGCUCCAUUCCCAAAGCCGCUGUCAGGUUUGGAAUGUUCGAGUUCCUCAGCAACCAGAUGCGAGACGAGCAGGGGCGGCUGGACAGCACGCGGGGCCUCAUCUGCGGGCUGGGUGCCGGCGUGAAAAAAGGGGUCUGCCCCAUGGAGACCAUAAAGGUGAAGUUUAUCCAUGACCAGUGCUCUCCCAAGCCCAAAUACCGCGGCUUCUUCCAUGGUGUCCGGGAGAUCGUUCGGGAACAGGGAUUAAAGGGGACCUACCAGGGCUUAACUGCGACCGUCCUCAAGCAAGGUUCGAACCAGGCCAUCCGCUUCUUUGUCAUGACCUCUCUCAAGAACUGGUACAAAGGGGACGAUCCCAACAAAGUCAUCAACCCCUUUGUCACGGGGGUGUUCGGAGCCAUUGCCGGAGCUGCGAGCGUCUUUGGCAACACCCCCUUGGAUGUGGUGAAGACCAGGAUGCAGGGGCUAGAAGCGCACAAGUACAAGAGUACCUGGGACUGUGCCUACCAGAUCAUGAAACACGAAGGGCCCCUGGCGUAA